CAGCCGCCGCCAACAUUAAUAUUUAUCAGCCGAGGGCUUUGACGCAUAUUAUACUUUGUAAAAGAGAAAACAGAAGGAAAAAAACAAAAAUAGUUCAUCACCUGAAAACGAAUUUGAUAUAACAUUUGUAUCAUUAAAUUGAUUCAAUUGCAUAGAAAUGGGUUCUACAGAUGCAGCUACAAUGCAGAAACUAGAGAAGCACUUAAUGCUAUUAAAAGAGGAAUAUACAAAAUUACAGAGAGGUUAUGCCGACUUAGAACGUAAAUACAGCAAGGCAAUAGCCUCCAGUGAUAACGAUGCUGGUGUAGAAUUUAGUAGCUUUGUCUCACGAUUAGUAUUAACCGUGGCAUCAUUGUAUGGGCGUACGGUGUACUCAGAUCUAACAAUUAAAAUGACUUCAAAAACAAUGCCUGCUCAUAAAUUUGUUCUUCAUGCUCGUUCCGAAGAAUGGAGGGAGGAAAUUUUGGCAGAUGUCAACGAAUUAGAUUGGAGCGAUAUGGAAGAAGACAUUUCGAUGGCUCUCUUACGUUGGAUUUAUAUGGAUGUAGUGGAUUUGCAGCAUGAUCGGCUCGCAUUAGGUUUAUUACGAGCAUCUCAUCGUUUUCAUUUACCAGGACUACUGGGACUUUGCGAACGAGCAUUAGUCGCUUCGGUUGGAGUACGUUCAUGUGUUCGUUUUUAUUGUGUUGCUGAAGAAGUUGGUGCUGCUAGCUUACUUGAUUACUGCUCUGGCCUGAUAUCGACACAUUGGGAUGAUUUAACACCUCAAGACUUCGAACACAUGUCGGGUCCACUUUUAUUUAAAAUGUUAAAAAGUAAAACUAAACAUCCAUUACAUGCUGCGGUGCGAUUAUUAAGAGAAGACGUAGUAUUUUUGUGUCUUGUGGAAAAUGAUGGAAUGCUUUCCGAAUUAGUAAACAGCCUAUCAGAGCAAGGACUUUUACCACUACAAAUGGCGUUAAUGGCUAAAAAUUUACCAAUAGCCCAAACACUUGUGAAAAAUGGAUCAGCUAAUAUAAAUGCUUAUGACUCGGAGGGUUCAACUAUACUUAUAGAUGCAGUUAAAAGGGGAGAUAAGUUUGCAGCAGACUUUUUGCUGGAACAUAAUUGUGAAUUAGAUUUAACCUCAAGAUCAACCGCAGAUACUGUUUUACACGUCUUAUGUGCAUAUAAUCCUAAAGAAACGGAUGCCGAACUCUUUUCAGAUAUGAUAGAAAUUGGUAAAAGAAUUAUAUCAAUGAAACCAAAUAUUAACUUGCAAAAUCGUCAAGGUCAAACCCCAUUACAUUUAGCUAUAGCGUCUAACAACCAUGAUAUGGUUGAUAUUUUACUAGGAGUAUCUAAUAUUGAUAUAAAUAUUCGUACGAAGGAUGAAAAAUGCCCACUGGAAUUAAGUCUCACGAAAAUGACUGACAAUGACAUGGAAUUGGCCAAUAAAUUAAUUAAAUUGGGUGCCAGACCGAAUCCUUUGAAGUCGGAAACUCAUGAUAAUCUUUUACAAGUCUUGGCUGAACGUGGUCUUGAAAACUCUGCAGUGUUCCUUGUUGAUUAUGCUAACUUAAAUCAUAUAAACAGUCGUGGAUUGACCGCUUUACACAUAGCAGCCGAAAAAAAUCUUCCAAAACUAACGGAUAAAUUGCUUAGGGCAGGUGCUUCUCCAAACAUACAGUCGAGUGUCUCUGAUUUGAAAUCAGCAUUGCACGUAGCAGUAGAAUCAAAUGCAGCUAAUGUUAUAGAGAUAUUUGCAAAUUUCGUACUAGGGGACAAUGGUAACUUACCCCAAAGUAAAGGUGGCCAGGAAGCUCCAAAUUUUAAUUGCAAAAACGCAAAUGGUGAUUCUCCAUUAAGUCUUAGUUUACUCUUAAACCGAACGGAUUUAGUGCCUAUAUUGAUAAGAGGAGGAGCCGAUGUUAAUGCUCGCAAUGGACAAGAUAUGACUUUGCUGCACCAGGCAAUUUUAAAUCAUGAUUCAGACACGGCGGUGUUUCUAUUACAACAGGGAGCAGAUAUGAAUGCAUUAACAGGGGAACAAGAAUCACCACUGCAAUUGGCCAUUCAUUGUCAUAUGCCUCAUGUAGUAGAUGCUCUGUGUACCCGUGGUGUUGCACUAAGUGCGCCUAAUAAUAAGGGCGAUGCGCCACUUUGGACUGCAUUGGAACUGGAAUAUGACGAUGUGGCUCAUGUUUUAGUACGACACGGAGUCGAUACUGAUUGUUGGGGUCCUGGGCCUGAUGGAUGCCAGCAAACCUUGUUACAUCGAGCAAUAGAUGAAAAUAAAGAAUCUGCAGCCAUUUUCCUUAUACGCAGUCAAUGUGAUCUUGAUUCUCCACGUCAGCCUGGUGCAAAUGGCGAGGGCGGAGACGAAGCCAAAGAUAAGGCAUCGCCUUUGCAUUUAUGUGCUCAGUGGGGUCUGACAAAAGUCUUACAGACCUUAAUAGAUCAUGGUGCCAAUGUAAAUGCUUUAGAUGCAGAAAAUAAGACCCCCCUUCAUGUUGCCAUCGAAAAUCAACACGAAGAAAUCAUAACUAUUCUACUUUGCCAUCCGGCGAUUGAUUUAAAAAUUCGUGAUAAAAAUGGAAACACUCCGUUUGCGGCCGCUCUAACAAUUCGAAACCAUCGAGCCGCACAACGAAUUCUAGAUCGUUUGCCAAAUGCUGCCGAACAAAUGGACUCAAGAGGAAGAAACUUCUUGCAUUUAGCCAUCAUGAGAGAUGAUCUCGAAAGCGUUCUUUUCCUUUUGGCUAUUCAAGUUGAUGUUAAUUCACGAGUACACGAUGCCAACCAAUCGACGCCAUUGCAUUUGGCGGCAACGUCUCGUAAUGAAAUGAUAACGAGAAAUCUUAUACUCGCUGAAGCUCGUAUUAAUGAACGUGAUGCAGUCCAGAAAACACCAUUACAUAUUGCCGCAGAACGUGGUAAUUUACCUGCCGUUUCUGCGCUUCUUCAAAAUGGCUCUGACUACGAUGCUGUUGAUGGAGAGGGUAACAACGCGUUACACAUAGCUGUUCGUGGUGGUCAUUUGGCUAUCGUAAGAGAACUAUUAACAGAAUCGAGUAUCAAUGCCGAAGCCGUAAACCACAAAGGGCGUAACCCCCUGCACGAACUUUGUCGUACGGGUGAGGACAACAAUGCUGCUGCUAUAUGUGACUUAUUUAUUGAAUGCAUGCCAAAAUACCCACUCAAUGCCCCAGACAUGGAUGGCAAUACACCGCUGUUGUUAGCUUUUAUGCGUGGACAAGCGCCACUAUGUAAAGUGCUUGUGAAAAACGGGGCUUGUCUAGGCACCGAAAAUCGCGAAGGCAUAAGUAUAUUUAACUUUAAGUUGGCCACUGAUCAAUUGUUGCAUAAACUUCUAGAUCAGCUACCGCAGGAAUCACCGUGGUCAGAAUCUGAUCUUUGUCAAGAAUGUAACACUAAAUUUUCUCUUACAAUGCGCAAACAUCACUGUCGUCAUUGUGGACGUGUUGUUUGCUCAAAGUGUUCCAAUAACGAUGUACCUAUAUUGAAGUUCGGUAUUAAUAAGCCAGUGCGUGUUUGUGGCGUCUGUUUUGAUGUGUUACAAGGUGUAAAUGGAAAUUUGCAAUAAUAGAAGAGAAACAAAUAUUUGCGUUAUGUUUAAAGCCAUAUUUCUUUUACAAUAAAACCCGUUUUUUACGCUACAGCACAAUAUAAUAUUAAGCUGAUUGAAUAUUGCAUUCCUUAGUUAUCCAUAAAUAUGUUAUUUUAAUAUUAAAGUAAUAAAAUGUAAUUUUAUUUAUGUUA